AAGACAACUUCAGCUAUGUCCCAGAAUGAUCCACUUUUGCUUGAGUGUCCUCUGGUCAUCGCUGCCAUUUUCAUCUGUGGCAUUGGAGGGCCCUAUCAAUAUGGAUUCAGUAUAUCCUCAAUGACCUCUCCCUCUGUAUUCAUCCAGGAGCUGGUGAACAUUACCUGUGUGGAGAGAUACGGUGUUAACCUGGAGAAAUGGCAGAUUUCUCUGAUCUGGUCUUUCAUUGUGUCCAUUUUCUGUAUGGGAGGGUUAUCAUUGUCUGCCCUGUUGGCUAAUUCUCUCAUAUCAAAAUUUGGCAGAAAAAAAUUGCUUUUACUAAACAAUAUUCCAGCUCUAAUUGGAGCUGUGUUGAUGCUCCUAAGUAAGACUGCCAUGUCUUUUGAGAUGAUAAUGGCGGCACGCUUUCUCCAAGGCAUGAAUGCUGGACUCGGGCUCAUAACUAAUACCAUAUACUUGGUUGAGUGUGCCCCCAAAAGGCUGCGUGGGGCAGUGGGGGUCACAGUGGCCUUGUUUAUAUCUUUUGGGAAAUUCAGUGGUCAGCUUCUGGGGAUCAGUGAGUUGUUUGGCACCAGAGAGAGGUGGCCCUGGCUACUUGGUUUCACUGGUUUGACAUCGCUUCUUCAGCUGGUUACUCUGCCACUGUUGCCAGAGUCUCCCAGCUUCCUGCUGCUGGCCGCAGGAGACCAACAGGCCUGUGAACAAGCUCUAAAGAGGCUGUGGGGGGACAGGAACUACCAACUGGAGAUGGAGGAGAUGCUGAAGGAGAAGGUGAUGCAGAAGAAUGCAGGGACGCAGACAGUACUGCAGCUGUUAAGAAACCAUGACAUCCGCUGGCAGCUCCUUUCUGUCAUAGUCAUAUUCUCCUCCCUGCAGCUGUGUGGCAUCAAUGCUGUUUACUUUUAUUCUUAUGAAGUCUUCCGUCAAGUGGGAAUCGGGGAGGAGAACCUCCGUUACGCUGCGCUGGGAACCGGUUUGUGCGAGCUGUCCGCCUCUUCAUCCCUGUUUUUCAUAGUCCAGUAUUCAAGCAAAAAGAUGAUCCUGUUCAGAGGAUACGCCUUGAUGUCGGUGAUGCUGGUUCUCCUCACCAUCACCAUGUAUCUGCAGAAACAUCUAUCAUGGAUGCCCUACUGCAGCAUGGUCCUGAUUUUUCUUUUUAUAUUAUCUUUCGCAAGUGGACCGUGUAAGUCUCUCAUUUAG